GCGCUAGUGUUUGUUUAUGAAUUUGCGAAUUUGUGUGCAUGAAUUUUCUUUUCCCCAUUUUUAUUCAAAAUCGCGCUAGAAAAUGGUUGAUAUAAAGAAAUUCACAGAUGUGGAUCUGUAUGGAUUACUGUGUGUGGACACCACAGCCUCGGCCACUGAGAUCAGGAAAGCCUAUCGGAAGAAGGCUCUCGAUUGCCAUCCGGACAAGAAUCCAGAUAACCCGAAAGCGGCUGAAUUGUUUCAUGAACUCGCUAAAGCGUUGGAAAUCCUCUCUGAUGAAUCGGCGAGAGCAGCUUAUGACAGAGUUCUCAAUGCCCGGAAAGCGGCUGAAUUGAGGAAUCGGCAAUUGGACAGUAAAAGGAAGAAGUUGAAAGCGGAUCUCGAGGAACGGGAAAGGGCAGCCAAUAGUGCAGCAAACAAGAGGAAGUCAUACAACACUGAGGCGAAAUCUCCGGAGGAAGAGCUGAAGGAGGAGAUUGAGAGGCUGAGAAAGGAGGGCUCUCGUCUUCUGGAAGAGGAGCAGGAACUCUUGCGACAGCAGAUCCAUCAAACAUUGAAUAACUCCACACAGUGGGACUCUUCGAAGCAUCGGAUAAAGAUCAAGUGGACUGCCGCGAAAGGAGAUUCUAGCAAUGGAGGCUACAAUGAAGAGGUCUUGAGGAAGUAUCUGCAGAAAUUCGGCGAUAUUGAGGCGAUUGUGGUGUCCGGGAAGAAACCGGGCAGUGCUAUUGUUGAGUACAAAACACGAGAAGCCUCCGAAAUGGCUAUAGCGUAUGAGAAGGGCAAUCCCGAAAAUCCCCUUCGGCUGGAAUGGAUUGGAGAGCCUCCGAAAGACAAUAAAUCUGCGCCAGCUUCUGCUAACGUGACAGACAAGGAUUUUGAGGAUCUAGUGCUGCGGCAGAUGCGUCAAGCGGAGGAACGAAAGCGACUUAUAGAGCAGAUGAUGAAGGAAGAUCAAGAGGAGAGCUGAUUGAGAAAAUAGGAAAAUAGAGAAGUUGAAUUUUCACAGUGUA